AAUUCGAGGGGGGGAUUUGUGUUCCGAAAACUGACGUCGGUUUAUUUUGACGUACUGCGGGCGUGCCGUGCGCAGGUUGUUUAAAGAUGGAGGAUGACGAAGUUUGUGGUUCGUCCGACGAGUCUUUGGACGCGAAAAGUGAUAAAUUUGAUCCAUUGAAAGCGUUGUAUUCGCCAAAAUUUCGUUUACCGGUGCCGAACGCACGAGUUUAUGAUAAUAUAAGUAAAUACGAGGCGGUAACGAAAGGACUAUCGAGUGUAUUGAAUAGAGAAUCUAAAAAAACCGAUAAUGCGGAACCUAAGCGGCGAUUUCUCCCCCAUCAAGAACCGAUAGCAGGUGGCAGCAGAGGUAGAGGUAGAGGUAGAGCAUUCGAAAGGGUCGAGAGAAUUUGGGAACACAGCGAGAAAAAUGUUCUUUCGCGAAUGAAGGGUGCACUCGGACCUCUGGAAAUGCUUCUAAAGUACAUGGAGCAGCGAACCCGCGUCAAGGUACAGGUUUACACCAGGGGAGCCCGAAGUAUUCGCGGAUACAUUUUGGCCUACGUAGCAGCCUUCGAUAAACAUUGGAACUUGGCGCUUGAAGAUUGUCUGGAAGUUUGGACGCGAAAAAUCAAGAGGAAAGCUCCCGCAUUGGGUGUUCCUCCGAACGGCAAGGUGGAGGUUGAGGAUUCGACGGGUUGUAAAACAGUGGUCAAGGAAGUUAAGGGUAAAAAUGAAACCCUCGAACGACACGUUCCCCAGAUGAUGAUCAGAGGCGAACAGAUCGCGAUUAUCGUGAAAAUCGAUUGAAUCCUGAUGGGAAAAUAUGGACCAGAUAAUAAAAUAGAAGAAGAAGAAGAUGAAGAGGAAGAAGAUGAAGACUAUUUUUAUACGUGCGAAGCGUACACGGUCCCAGUUUCGCCUAUCGCGUCUAUACUCGCGAUACAAAAAAUUCACCUCGAUGAAUCACUUUUCAAACAUCUGAAAAGGUUUUGAAAAAAAAAAGAAGAAGAAAAAAAGUCGAAAAAAGAAAAAACCUACUCGGGGAAUACAGGUGCUGCAGAUGGUGUGAUCGUUGAAUCGUACGGGCAGUGAAAAUAAAUCAAACGAUCGAUCGAAAGUGAAAAUAACUCUUACAACGUGUUUGAAGUUAGUUUUUUUUUUUUUUCUCUCUCCUAAUCCAAGUUUGCAACUAUAUUAUAUACAGCGGUCGACUUCAGUUUUAACUAUUUUACAAAAUCUCUCAACGGAAAUCGUCGGAAUCCGCGUAGAAAAAAUGUGCACGUUUCUUCUGCAACGCGGAGCAAAAAAAAGUAGCAAAAUCCGGGCAAAGAAAAAAAAAAAAACAAACAAACUCAACUGUAAUUCCGAAUUAUCAAAUUAUUAUUAAACCACGAAAUGCCACGAACGAUCAAUAAAUUACGCAACGCGUCGCGCGACGAAACAAAA